UAUUGAUAUUAUCUUGCCAGCUGAUUAAGAGAAAAUAAAAGAAUCCAAAUUCCAAAAUACCACAUGAGUUUUUGAAAUUUUAUCGAUAGUCAACAAUCGAUACUUGAGCGAAUAUUGUUUGGAAUUUUUAACGGAUUGUCAUAUACCCACGUGCAUAUGAUUGAUCCAGAAUCUGUAUGUUGAUAAGAAAAAUGGAUUUGAACCUUGUCAUCUAUAAUGAUGGAUUUAAUUUGGAUAAAUCCAUUGAGAAAUUGAUUCAAUCUUGUCAUAAAUUCGAUUACAAACGAAUAGCAUUAGCUGUUCAAAUUGUCGCUACGGGUAAAGAUGUCAAGAUUCCAAUUCCACCAACAAUUAAACUUCGAGAUAAUUUAAAAAAUAUAAAAUUAUACACACGAUUAACCGUCCAGGUUGAAGAUUCUAACAGUUUAUUUCAUUUGUCAAAAAAUGAAAAUCUAAAACAUUACGACAUAUUAGCUAUCGAACCGAUGAAUGAAAAAAUUCUCAACUAUUUGAAUGGUGGUAAUUUCGAAUUCGAUAUUCUCACAUUUAGUUCCAUUGAUUCAUCGAUUGUGAAUAUGAUAAAAAAAGCCAAUUUUUCAUUGCCUAUUUCAAAAGGAAUUGGAAUCGAAAUCAAUUAUUCAAAUUGCCUAUCAAGUUCAUCACAACGUCGACAAAGUAUAGCAUUUGGUCAGAUGUUAGUCGAUAAAACCAGAUCAAAGAAUAUAAUUCUUUCAAGCGGAACCAGUAUUGCAACUAGUAUAAGAUCUCCUCGGGAUGUCAUCUACAUUGGUCUUUUAUUUGGCCUAGAGGAAAAUCAAAGUAAACGAUCAUUAUAUAGAAACACCGAAGCCGUUAUCAAUCACUCAGAAUUACGAAGAAAUAUCAACACAAGCAUUAUUGUUGCUGAUGAUUUAAUUGAAAAUAAUAAUGAUGAUAAUAAUAAUGAAAGUAUAUAUGAUGAAUUAUGUGCAAUGGAUGAAAAUCUGCAAACAUCAAAAAAGUCAAAUAAAAUGAAACGUCCUUCGUCAUCAAUCGAACCGAAUCAACCCAUGAUAGAAGCCAUAUCCGAAGCCAAAAAACAAAAAACUUGAUCCAUUGUUUAUAUUAUUUGUCCACAUCGGUUU